AUGGCAGGUGCUCGACCCUCGCCAUCCCCAGACUCGCCUCCACAUCGAGACUCCCCGAGCAGCCCGAUAAACCCCGCCGCCGCCACGCCGCUGCCAAAGAUCGUCUCCUUCGGCCGCCCUUCAAUCGACAGCCCGAGAGCAAGCCAGUCCCGCGACCAGAUGAACGAGACGUCGCCGCUCCUAUCUGCCCGGACAUCGGAUGAAGAGAGCAACGGUUUGAAACCCGUUGGCUCUCCGCUCAGUGACGAUGGCUGGAAUGCUGAGACUAGGGAAGAAACAAAGAGCACUUGGUACCUGGUGCUGCUGACUCUGGCUGCCGGAGGACUGCAAAUAGCAUGGGCAGUUGAGUUGUCGUACGGAUCUCCGUAUCUACUAUCCCUCGGCCUCAGCAAAUCGCUGCUCGCUCUCGUUUGGAUAGCCGGUCCGUUGUCGGGAACACUGGUUCAGCCGUACGUCGGCUUGAAAAGCGAUAACUGCAGGUCAAAAUAUGGGAAAAGACGACCGUUCAUAAUCGGAGGUGCCGUUUCGACCAUCAUAUCCUUGUUCCUUUUAGCAUGGGCGAGGGAAAUAGUGGGCGGCGCCUUGUCCAUUUUUGGCGUCUCUUGGGACUCGCCUGCGACCAAGACAAUGACGAUCCUCUUUGCCGUGCUGAUGGUGUACGUCCUCGACUUCGCCAUCAACGUCCUCCAAGCUUCUCUUCGAGCGAUCGCCGUUGACUGUGCACCAACCCACCAGCAAGAAUCAGCUAAUGCAUGGUUUAUACGAUGUUCCGGGAUAGGCAAUAUUCUCGGCUACCUCUCCGGAUACGUCGAUCUCCCGAAGCUGUUCCCUUUCUUCGGGAACACGCAGAUGAAAGUUCUAUGCGCAAUCGCCUGCAUGGCGCUAGCCGCUACUGCGACAACAACCUGCGCCACCAUCUCGGAGCGUGAUCCGCGAGGUGACGGCCCCCCUACGGCCUCAACUGGCUUGCUUGCAUUCUUCAAGAACCUCUUCCAGGCCGUACGUCGGUUACCACCUCAGGUAUCUCGGGUUUGCCAGGUGCAGCUUGCAGCAUGGAUUGCAUGGUUCCCUUUUCUGUUCUACACUUCAACCUAUGUUGGGGAGAUUUAUACUGACGCAUUCUUCCGGGAGAAUCCCAACAUGUCUGAGGAGGAGAUCAACAAGCUGUGGGAGAAGGGAGCUCGCAUGGGAACACUUGCGCUUUUCAUCUUCGCCAUCACCACAUUCCUUGCCAGCGUUUUUCUACCUCUAAUUGUAGCGCCAACCUUCAAGGCACCGGUCCCAGAGCCUACCACGCCCCUCACACCGACAAGUUCCCACGCCAGCUCGAGCUACUUCAGCCUCAAGAAGAACAAAGGCAGCAAGAAGUCCCUCGCGCAACAUCUCAGCAUACUCGACCACCUACAAAUCAAGUCCCUGACCCUCCGCCGCACCUGGCUUCUCUCGCACUUCAUGUUCGCACUGCUCGUCUGGUCCACCAUCUUCGUCAACUCCACCACCGGCGCCACCAUCAUCGUUGCCCUCAUCGGUAUCCCUUGGGCAGUCCAUAACUGGGCGCCCUUCGCCCUCAUCUCCCAGGAAAUCUCCAAGCGCGAUGCCAUCCGCCGCGGUCUACUACGCGCCCCCAACAGCCGUGACGGCGCCCUUCUCGCCGCGGGCGAAGACGACGCAGCUGACCAGGCGGGCGUUGUUCUUGGUAUCCACAACGUCGCCAUUGCCGCGCCACAGGUCAUUGCCACUCUCAUCAGCUCCAUCAUCUUCAAGCUCCUGCAGAAGCCGAGAGGAACCCCGGGGGAUGACAGCGUUGGGUGGGUGCUGCGGUUUGGCGGAUGUGCUGCUAUCGUAGCUGGUAUCUUGUCCAAGAGGGUCUUCGAGGAGAACCAGGCUGUGCUGGAAGCCUCGGGGGCGCUGCAGCAGGGAUCUGAUGAGGACGAGUGA